AUGCGCGCGCGCGUGGACGAUGAGGGGUCGACGUACGCCGCGGCGCGGACGAUUCGUCACGCGCGCGCGGUGUCGCUGAGGAAUUUACGAUUACGAGGCGGAUGCGGUGGAGGUGGAUUCGAGAAAAUCAACGCCGACGCGACGCUGUACGGCGAUCGCACGACGACGCGAUGCGUGAUCCGACCGUAUCGUUCGUCGGGGGCGGUGUACGCGCCGACGCCGUACGGCGAGGUGUGCGUGGACGAUGAAUCGGAGGAUUCAAAGUGGGCGCGCGCGGAGGCGACGACGGAGCGGGCGAGAGGCGGACGCGCUCGAAAUCCAGAUUUUAACCCGUUCACCCGAGACAGUUGGCUCGCGCGAGGUGGGACGGCGGAGGCACGCGAGAACGCUCUGCGAGGGGCGAUGUCGGGGACGAAGUUGGAGCUCGUGGUGUACGAGAGCGACGAGCGAAACGUCGAAGCGGAGGCGCGCGCGGACGAAGAAACGCGGCCGGAUGCAUCCGAGCGGUCGUGGAGACGCGGACGGGGGAUGGUGACGUCGACAUCGAGGAAUACGAAUUCGAAGACAUCGAGGGGGUGUGCAGAUCUCAUCGUGUGUCGAGCCGCGAUCGAUCUGAGGCGACUCGUGUGCGUCGGCGAGCGCGUGCCGAGCGGGUUGUCCAUGCCGCCAAACGCCAUCUUCUUGAGAAUGUCUGAUGGGUACGUGUACGUCCCAGAACCGGUGGCGAACGGGGAAAUUCGAGAUUUCUUAAAUGCCGUCGUGGAGCGCUCGUUAAAGGUGGAGAGUGGGGCCCUGGGACAUCGGCGCAAUCGUUCAGCGCUAUGGAGCUCGUUCGGCGGGUCGGAAUCUGGCACAACAUACGCCGACGCGCUCGAGGAGUCGUGGGACGCGAGUCCGAGAGCGUUGGCCGCGAGUACGCGCGCGUCGGGGCAAUCGGGUUCGCCGCGCCACGCUGUGAUGCCCGCGAUGACCGUAAAGCUCGAUGUGCGCGCAAUGGUGGCGAAAAUCGAGCGUCUCAUCGAAGCCGAUCGCAGUUUGAAGGACGCCAUGGAAUUGCGCGACGAGCUAGCGAGGCGUCUCGGCGUGCACUUGAGUGGGUUCAAGGACGUACGAGCGAUUUGGGAGCACAGUAAGGCCGUUUCGCACGAAAAAUCUCGAGGGAACGGGACGACGGAUGAGCGCAUCACCGCGCUCACGAGCGAGCUCGUGGCUGAGCGGGAGCGCCUGCGAGUCGCGAAAGAGGACGUCGGCCGUCGAGUUAGAGCGCUCAGACAAGCGGGCGAGCGCUUGGUCGAGGCGAAUUCGCGCUUGAACGAGGCUGAUCAAACGCUCAGCGGUCCCGAAGGUGUGGGAAAAUUGUAUCAAAAACAGCGCGCGCUCGUGGCGAGACGCUGGCGUCUCGUGGGCGAGCUUGCAGAGAUCUUCCCGAUCGAGCGCGCGAAUGUGACCGAGGCGGCAAAUGAUCGACCGGAUUUCCCGUUACUGAAAAUUGGAGACGACCCUUUGGAUCUCGGUCCGGCGCCGUCAAAGACGACGCGAGACGUGCGAGUUGAGGACGUCGAGCGAGACGCCGCGGCGUACGGAAACGUGGCGCAGAUUUGCAUUCAACUCGCUGCAAUUUUGGACGUUCGUCUGCGCUAUCCGGUGUGCCCGAGCCUGAGCCGCUCGUAUAUUUGCGAUUUUCAUCAGGUGAAAUCGAAAACGAAUCAUCGAACACCAUCGGGAUCGAGCGCGGAUGCGGCGAACAGAGAGACACUGGCGAAGAUUGAGUUCCCGUUAUUCAUGGACUCGCCGAGCGAUCGAACGCGGUACACGUACGGCGUGUUUUUGCUCAACAAAAAUCUUGAGCAAUUACUCAACGCGCACGGACUCAGCGCCGUGGGGCCGAGGCACACGCUGCAAAAUCUCUUGCGACUGUUUGACGCGCGCAAGCACCGACUGCCCGACGUCUCGUGA